UGGCUGACUGACUGGUCGGUCCAGCUGAUGGCAGAGGCGCAAGUAGUGUUGACAACGCCGCCCUGGAUCUCUUCUGUUUUUAUUUAUUUCCCAAAGGUUUUUUAUUUGGAAACAACAACGCAAAUCUGGAGGACAGGAAAGACAUGUCUUAAUGUAUUUCAUACCGGUGUCUGAUCCAUGUGGCAGUCAGCUGAAGCAUGCUGGAAGAAUGCAGCCCUUAACCAGAAGAGAUGCCGGAGUCUGGCAUCAGACGAGGAGCCUGCUCUACAAAAACCUGCUGAUCAAAUGGAGGACCAAACAACAGAGUCUCCAGGAGCUGAUCUUGCCUUUGCUCCUCCUGGGUCUCCUCAUCCUCAUCAGCACCCUCAACCCUCAUGUCUCCUACGGCAGCAUCAGCACCAAGGAACUGGAGUUUGAGCGGGAACUGCCAGUCAAAGGUCUGGGUUACACCCCCAUCACCAAUUUCACCAAUCACAUCAUGGAAGAGGUGGCACGCGAACUGUCUAUGAAUGAGCAUUUAGACAUGUUCUCCACCGAGGCUGAUUUGGAGAAUGCCAGCCUCUAUGAACCUGAGGGCUACGUUGGAGUGGUCUUUUUGGAUUCGAUGUCAUAUCGUCUGCGAUUCCCGUACAGCCAGCUUCCUCUACCUAGUGACUUCACCGAGUCCAUAACAAGCUGUUACACCAACUAUGUCAACUGCCGUGCCGCCAACUACUGGUAUUCUGGAUUCAUACGACUACAGUCUGUCAUUGAUGCUGCCAUUAUACAGAUGAAGACCAAACGUCCGGUGUGGAAUGAAUUAAAAGUGCGAGCAGUGAUGAUGGGACAUCCAGGUUCAGUGGAGGUUCAGAAGUUCCCUCAUGCUCUGAUCUCCAUCUACUUAGUGCUGGCCUUCACACCCUUCGUUUCCUUCCUCAUUGUUAAUGUGGCAGCUGAAAAAGAGCAGCGUCUCAAAGACACCAUGGGCAUGAUGGGAUUGUACGACUCUGCCUUUUGGCUUUCAUGGGGCCUUCUCUAUGCCGCCCUAGUGACUACCAUGUCCAUUCUGAUGGCUGUUAUUGCGACCUGCACGCCUCUGUUCUCCAACAGCAAUUUCUUUGUCAUCUUCCUCCUCAUUUUCCUCUAUGGAAUAUCCUCGAUUUUCUUCUCCUUCAUGUUGACCCCGUUGUUUAAGAAGCCCAAGUUUGCCAGUACGGUGGGCUCGAUGCUGACGGUGGUGUUUGGCUGUCUGUCGCUCUUUACUGUGUUGAUGAGAGAUUUCCCUCAGUCUGCUGUGUGGCUCCUCUGCCUUCUGUCCCCCAGCGCUUUUUCUAUCGGCAUCGCCCAGGUAGUGUAUCUGGAAGCUCAAGGGGAUGGCGCAGUGUUCUCAUCUCUGGGCAAUGGUCCUCACGCUCUCUAUGUUCCACUGGUCAUGCUGUUUUUGGACUGCAUCCUCUACCUGCUUUUAGCCAUUUACCUGGACCAAGUGCUACCAGGCGAGUUUGGCACAAAACGCUCAGUGUUGUAUUUUCUAAAACCAUCCUAUUGGUCCAAGCGGAGGAAGCGAUAUGUCGAGGUGAGCUCUGUGUAUGAGGGCGAAGUAAACGGGACGCCUGCAAUCGACGAAUCGGUGGAGGCUGUUUCUCCUGAGUUCAGAGGCAAAGAGGUUAUCAGGAUUUGCAAUAUCCGAAAAAUUUAUCGGGAGAAGGAUACCAAAGUGGAGGCUUUAAGAGGGUUGACCUUUGACAUCUAUGAGGGUCAAAUCACAGCCCUGCUGGGUCACAGUGGAGCAGGAAAAUCUACCCUGAUGAACAUCCUGUGUGGUAUUUGCCCUCCUACGGAAGGCACAGCCACCAUCUAUGGCUCUCCAGUGGCAGAGAUCGCAGAGGGGGCUGAGAUGAAGCAGCUGGUUGGUAUUUGCCCCCAGUUCAACAUAAUCUUUGAUGUGCUCACCGUAGAGGAACACCUGAGGAUCUUUGCCGCCAUCAAAGGGAUCCUGCCCUCUGAUAUUGACGGUGAGGUAAGGAAAGUUCUAAAGGAUCUGGAUUUGGAAAAGAUUAUGGAUGCUCUGGCAAAAAACCUCAGUGGAGGCCAGAAGAGGAAGCUCUCUGUGGGCAUAGCCAUUCUUGGAGAUCCCAAGAUCCUCCUUUUGGAUGAGCCUACAGCUGGUAUGGACCCAGUGUCUCGGCACCAGGUUUGGUCUUUACUGAAGAGCCGUAGAGCAGGCAGAGUUACAGUUCUCAGCACUCACUAUAUGGAUGAGGCUGAUAUACUUGCAGAUCGUAAAGCUGUCAUCUCGCAAGGACAGCUCAAGUGUGUUGGCUCUUCUUUGUACCUGAAGACCAAGUGUGGAGUUGGGUAUCAUCUUAGAAUGUCAGUGACUGAAGGCUGUGAGGUGGAGGGCAUCACGUCGCUGGUCAAGCAGCAUGUUCCCAAAGCUCAGUUGUCAAGGCAGCAAGAGGCUGAGCUUACAUUCACUCUGCCUUUCGAGAGCAUGGACACCUUUCCAGGGCUGUUUGCGGAGCUGGACUGUCGACCAGACCUGGGUAUCAUUAACUACGGUGUCUCCAUGACAACAUUAGAGGAUGUAUUCUUGCGUCUGGAGGCGGAAGCAGAGGUGGAUCAGGCUGACUACAGUGUCUUUAACCAGGAAAAAGUGGAAGAAGAGGGAGAUGCGUCCUCUAUGGAUGACACAGACCAGAGGCUGCUGACGUUUUCAGACAGCAGACAGGACACAGUAACUGGUCAUGCCCUCUGGAGGCAGCAGUUUAGCACAGUGGCCUGGCUGCACAUGCUCAACCUCCAGAGAGAGAGAAAACCUAUUAUAUACAAUUUGACGCUGUUCGUAGUUUUUUUGUCUGCGAUGCUGAUUCUCUCCGUGGCCACAGGAAACAUUCAGAUCCAUUCUCCUGAAAGACUGUUUUCACCAAUAUACCUGCUGCGCCGCAAUGAGGCUCCUCACAAAUACACCACCAGCCUGCUCGUGCAAAACUCCACCGAUUCUGACCUAUCAGGGUUCAUCCACAAUCUGCAGUCUCAGGAUAUUAAAGUGGAAAUGAUGAAAAAACUGGACUACAUGUCUGCAGCACCGGUCAGCGCCGCCAUCAACGUGACUGGACCCAGUAAGGAUUUUACCUACAUUUUAGCGUUUAACAGCACCACUGUGCACUCUUUGCCCAUGGCUGUGAAUGUGCUCAGUAAUGCUCUCCUGAGAGGUUAUAAUGGCACUGGACACAUUAGAACAUGGUCCAAACCCUUUGAUUAUCAAAUUCCAGAUAAAACAUCUUAUGCACUGGUUUACAUUGAAGCUGUGAUUCUUGGGAUGCUGGCUGCUGGGAUGCCAGCUUACUUCGCAAUGGACCACACAAGAGACAGAGAACUGAAGUGUCGCUCAACGUUGAGGAUCUCUGGUCUUGUUCCUUCUGCGUACUGGUGCGGUCAGGCAGCUAUCGAUGUCCCGUUCUAUUAUCUGAUCUUAACCUGCAUGACCAGCACCCUCUUUGCCUUCCAUUCUACAAACCUGCUAACCUCUCAUAACAUCUUGUCUGUGGCUCUUUGUCUGAUUGGCUUUUCUCCAGCCAUGGUUCUCUUCACAUACUGCGUGUCCUUCAUGUUUGUCAGAGUCCAGAGCAAUAGAGACUUCUUCUCUGUUGUCUCAAUGAUGGUGUGUGUGGUUUCUGCAUCCAUAGUCCAGCUGGCUCUUGUGAACGAAAGUGCAUCUAUGGCUCGUCUCCUCCACAAUGCACUGUGUUUCUUCAGUCCACUCUACCCUCUAAUGGGCUGCCUUAACUGCAUUACUGUGGCUACCUUUGUUCAGUCUCCUCAUGAUGAUGAUUUUCUUUGGAAGAACCUCUUCAUUUCUGUUGUGGCUCCAUACAUCCAGUGUAUACUUCUGCUCGUCUCACUGAGAUGGCUGGAGAUCAGAUAUGGAGGGAAGACCAUGAAAAAUGACCAGCUCUGCAGAAUUUCUUCCCAAGCAAAGAGCAAAGCUCAGCGGAACCCAGAGGAGAACAUGAGUGAGGAUGAAGACGUUCAGAUGGAGAAAGCUCGAGUGAAAGAGGCCAUGACCUGUCAGUGCUGUGAGGAGAAACCAGUUGUGGUGGUGAGUAACCUCAGAAAACAGUACAAAGGCAAGAGGGAGGGCUUCUCGCUUAAUAAGAAAAGGAAAGUGGCCACAAAGAACAUCUCCUUCUGUGUUCGCAAAGGUGAGGUUUUAGGUCUGCUGGGUCCAAACGGAGCAGGGAAAAGCACAAUCAUGCACAUGUUGUCUGGAGACACUGAAGCCACCGCUGGACAGAUUCUGAUGGGAGAUUACGGCACAGACUUUCAGCCUGCGGAAAACCCCUUGGAGCAUGUCGGGUAUUGUCCUCAAGUGAACCCUCUGUGGCCCAGAAUCACUCUGCAGGAGCACCUGGAGAUCUAUUCUGCCAUCAAGGGGUUACGUCAGCGUGAUAUCCCCAACAUCAUCAAGCGUGUUGUGAGUGCUCUUGAGCUUAAGGAUCAUCUUUACAAACAGUCAAAAAACUUGUCUGCAGGGCUAAAGAGGAAGUUGUGCUUUGCACUAAGCAUGCUGGGAAAUCCUCAGAUAGUUUUGUUGGAUGAACCAUCUACAGGGAUGGAUCCUAAAUCAAAACAACGCAUGUGGAGAGCAAUCCGUGCUGCUUUUAAGAACAAACAGCGAGGGGCACUGUUGACCACCCAUUACAUGGAAGAGGCAGAGGCUGUGUGUGACCGUGUGGCGAUCAUGGUAUCUGGUCAGCUGAGGUGUAUUGGCUCAAUCCAGCACCUGAAGGGGAAGUUUGGCCGAGGAUACAGCCUAGAGAUUAACCUCAGGGAGGAGCUCACAGGUCUCCAGCAGGUAGCGCUGUUGCACAAAGAGAUACUGAAGAUAUUUCCCCAUGCUGUUCGUCAGGACAGUUUUGCCACUAUGAUGGUGUAUAAAAUCCCAAUGGAAGAUGUGAAGUCUUUAGCCAAGUCUUUUGCCCAGUUAGAAAGUGCUAAACAGAACUUCAACUUUGAAGAGUACAACUUUUCCCAGUCAACUCUUGAACAAGUUUUCAUGGAGUUUGCCAAGGAGCAGGAGAACGAGGAAGAAGAGGUCGGAUCACUAAGCACGACUUUUCAAUGGCAGAGACUGAGACAGGACGGCCCUGUAUCUAUUAAUCACGCUGACAGCAUAGUACACCAGCUAUGAACCAAUCCUGUUCCCUGAAGCGUUCUGCCCUUGCCUCUUUCUCCUUUUCCUUCGUUCUGCAUGUGCCGUCUUUUGCCUUAAGAGCCUUAAACCCAUGGGACUCACAGGACAAUCGACUCCAGAGACUCCAAUGGCCACUAACGCACACUAAUAACGUGUGUAUGUGUGUGUGUGUUUAUGUGGCUCUGGCACUGGCACUUGCUCAGAAGGAAUCAGACACACGACUUGAGUGUCAUCCGUUAAACACAGAGCUAGACUCGUCGUCAUCUGUUUUUACAACGACAAAAAAAAAAAGAUUUUAUUUUUUAAACUCUCACUUCUACUUGUAUCUAUCAAGCUCACUGUUUUCUUGUGUCCAUAUAACACACGUCUAUCACUGGGAAAUGAAUUUGCAUGAAGCGGGUUCCACGUUAUCAAAACAGUACCAAAGUUUUCACUCACAUCGACACCAAACUGCUUUUAUUUCGAUUUUUUUUUUGGUGUCUGUAGCAUGGGAUAUAAACAAACUCGCAUCUGUCUGUCUGUCUGUCUGUGUAUGCGUGUGUGUAGAUAUUGUUAAUAUCGAUGGGUGUAAUAUACGUUUUCAGAUAGGAGAAUCUGAUUUACUGUGUGCAGCAUUAACACUGAGAUUAACCAGCAUGUAGGGGCUGCUCUCCGCUUCUCGUACUCUUCUGUUUCAGGACGGAGCGGCCCUGCCAGGUGCAUGAAGCCUCUUCUGUCUCUGCUGCACUGGGAGAUCCACACGACUCCUUUCUCAAACACCAGCACGCGUUUCAGGCUUUCACACACAGAGCUCUCCAAAGAAAAACAGGGCUAAAGCACUCACAGUGAGUAAGCCGAUGGGUUGAAAUCAAGACAAUGAAGAACUAUUUCUCUUUCAUCCCGUUUUCUUUCUGUCUAGUCUGGUGGCCUUCCUUUAGGAGCAGUUUUAAAAAUCAGUAGCUUAAGAAUGUAGUUUUCACCGUUUCCAACCAUGUAGCAUUCUAGAUUUGGUCACAUACUGCUGAGUGAGUGUGUUUUUGUUUUCUUUAAUGAAGGUAAGAGUACUGUAGGAACCGUGAGCCUUGAAUGUACAGUGGUGUUUAAUGAUGUUGCUUAGGUUUUUCGGGUGUACGUCUUCUCUUUUGGGAAGGCUUCUAAAUGAGAUGUUUGCAUCCUGCUCCUUUUAAAGUCGUUGGUUCUUGUUUGAGAGGGUGCUUUUUUAUGUAUAUUAUGGAAUAUAUAUGUUUUUGGUUUGUUUUUAAUGUGAAUUUGAUUAAAUGAUCACAUCUUAUUUUUUAUGUUA